ACUAUCAUAUCUACACAGAAUUCCUAUGCCUUUAGGCUGUAGCUUCUGUUUCUAACUUCAAUUGUCUCACUGUGUUUGAUUCAUAAAUGUUUACAUGUAUAAAAUUUUGCAAAAAUAUUCAGCUGUUGAUUGCCACCGAAGAUUCGCAUCUUCUAUUUUAUCGGUUAUGCAACAGCAGUUUCCAAGCCCUAGAUUCUAUCAAGGAUCGCAUAUCUGAGAUGUUUACAGACACGUUUUAUUGCAAACGCUCCAGCACACACCUGAUCAAUACGAGGACUUCUAGGGACAAUGAGCGGUUCCACUACGGUUUUCAAGAUCUUAUUGCAGCAAGUGGAAGUGAAUAUCACCAGAAAACAGAAGAUUGGUCACCACCUGAUAAAAAUUCUGAGGGUGGAGGUGAUCCUGAGGUGGUCUUCAAUGUGUUGGAUGCCAUUCUUAAGUGUAGUCUGGAUCGCUUGAAACUUAUGAGGGAAAACAUGUCAUGGGCACAUAUUGGCCAUUACAACUACACUUUGAAGGCAAGUUACACUCAACAUAUAGAUACAAUCAGGAAUUUGAGCUUGGACGGUAAGUUGGGGGUGGCCUUGUGCCUUUGGAACAAAUUGAUACAUAAAGGAGUUGUUCCAGAUGUAGUUACACAUAAUUACCUUGUUCAUGGAUUUUGCAAAGUUGGUACACUCGAGAAGGCAGAAUGGCUUGUAAGAGAGAUGUGUUGUUGGGGUCCGUCCCCAAAUGCUGCUACUUACAACACUUUGAUGAAGGGUUAUUGUGCUUUUAAUGAUAUUGAUAAAGCUCUAGAUCUUUUGUCAACCAUGACUGAUGGUAAGGUAAAACCAAAUAUAGUCACUUUUAACAUUCUAGUGCAUGCUCUUUGCAAGAAAGGCCUGUUAGAGGAAGCUAGAGUACUUCUUCUGAAGUUAACAGAUGAAAAUAGUCAAAGGAAUCUUGUAGCCUCAACUAUAAUAAUGGACAACUGUUUCAAAAAUGGUGAUACAACUCUGGCUCUCACACUUUGGAGGGAGAUAUGUGAAACGAAUGAAGUAGUGGAUGUUGUUGCAUAUAACGUUAUUAUCCAUGGGUCUUGUUUGAACUGGGAUGUGAUUGUUGCAUAUAAGUAUGUAAAUGAAAUGUUCAAAAUUGGUUUGCUUCCUGAUAACUUCACUUUCAACACUCUUAUAAAUGCACUUUGUAAGGUGAGGCGGAUCGAUGAGGCUUGUUAUCUCUACACUGUUAUGUCAAGAAUGGGUGUUGCUCCAGACUGGAUCUCAUACAACAUACUUAUUCAAGGUUUAUGUGUGGUUGGCGAUGUAAGUACAGCUCAUGAGUUACUUACUUUUAUGUUAGAGAAGUCAAUGGUUCCUGCACCGCAUAUAUGGAACAUUAUCAUUGAUGGAUAUGGUAAACAUGGAUACAAGCAAAUAGCAUUACAUAUCAGGGAUAUGAUGAUGACAUAUGGCGUUUUACCCAAUGUAUUUACUUAUAAUGCUUUGAUUCACAUGCUUAUAGAAGGUGGAGAAAUAGAUGAGGCUCAUUCACUGAUGAAGGAGAUGCUCUUGGCUGGUCCUUUGCCCGAUGUAGUCACUUACAAUCUACUGGUUGGUGCGGAAUCUAAAUCUGGACACCUUUAUUCUGCAUAUCAAGUUUAUGAUGAUAUGUUAAAAAGAGGGUAUGAUCCAGACAUUGUCACUUACACAGAACUGAUAAAAGGUUAUUGUAUGAGAGGGAAAAUAGAGGAGGCACAUAGAAUUUUCGGUUUUGACAUGCUACAGGAUUCUAAUUUAGCAAUUGAUCAUGUACCAUUUCAAAUACUCAUCAAAAAGCAUUUCAAGAUGAAAGAUUUUGACAGCGCAUAUGGUGUUUAUCAAAAGUGGUUAAGAAUGGAUCGAGCAGAAUAAUUUUUAGGAGCAAAUCUUGUCAGUGGCUAGCUAUUGAAGAUACACUUACUGAAAGCAAAGCAUUAUUGAGAGCAUCAGCAUGGCUUGUGCAUUGUUAUUCUUACAUCUAAAAGUGACGAUAUUGACACACAUUCAGUUUUAUGCUUACUGCAUCUGUUUGUUAUUCUUCAGGCUGUAAGUCUUUCUUCCCAUUGUAGUUCCUUUUGUAUUUUAUUAUUUUAAUUGUUUAUUCUACACCACCAUGUGAGUUCAUGAGAUGUGCACCUUCUAUAACAUGGCGUGUUGGUAUUUGGUACAUGAACGAGUUACAGUAGAUGUACAGUAAAACACACUUGAUAGGUUUCAGUAUUCAUGUUGUGGCUGAAUAAUUAGAUAUUUUCACUGCUGCUGAUCCUUACUGUAAACAUGUACAUUUUAUGUAGUGGACUUGAAUUGCAAUGCGAAUGGUUGUAUUGAACUUAAAUCACUCAUGGUAUCAACUUAUGUAGCCGCCUCUCCCCUCCCUCCCCCUAUUUUUGUCUUGGCUAAAUAAACGUUCUUAGAAGUCCACCUGGCCCAGAAAAUAUUACCAUAAUCAACGAACCUGCAUAUCUUGUGCACGUUAUGAUAGAGGUUUCCAUGUUUUAUACAUCCUCAAAUGCCUCUUUGUGCACGUUAUAUAGAGAAGUCGAUUUCCAAAUCACGUGUGGCUUCAAUUUUGCAUUUGAUUGUUUGUGGGUGAGCUACAGGGCAAUCCUACCCAAGUUCUUGCACGCAAAACCAACAGGGCAAUAUAUAAACUAAACCAAUUUCACUAAACCGUGAAACACCCACUUCAUAAUAUAUCAAAAAUAUUGUUAUACCUUCACUACUGAGGUCAACUGGUCAAAGUUGGUAGGCUUGGUAGGACGGUUACUUGCUUAUAAAUAAGAUGGAUGGGAGGCGGAAAAAGGUAUUGUUUAGUUUUGUUUUGGUGAGUUUGGUGAAAGCUUUAGGGAGAGAAUCUGGCCUCUCGAAAGCCAGAAACUAUCUGUAAUCAUUCAAUCACCCAUUAACCUUUCAAUUACAAUUACAGUUGCAAUAUCAUGUUAAUUCUUCCAGUGUUGUAUCAGACCAGUGACGGUUAUGCUAGUAAUAGAAGGCUAAUGAGUAUCAACAUCUAAUACGUCCAGAAAAUGAACAAGAUGGCCAUUUAUCACCUGAUUGCUCACAACAUUGGAUAAGAGGCUUCUGCAUCGUCAUUGAUGACAUGACACAAGGGUUUUUUUUUAAAUGUUUUUUAGAAUUGUUGCAAGUUGUUAUCACUACUUCAGGUUUCCACGCUAACAUUAGCUCUCAGCUAGGGAUCGUUUGAGUGCAAGGCUAGUGGAUCAAGGCAUUAAAGAGAGAGAAGAAGUUAUUUUGCUAACUAUUGAAUAGUCUUAUGACAUA